AUGCAUAAGAAAAAACAAAACGAGCGUGGAACAAACAAACAGGAGAUUAUUAACAUAGGAACACAAUCUUUCACAUUUCAAGAGAAGCAGAGACCCUUGAAGACAAACCAGAGAUCUACUGUGUGGAGAGAAGAACAGAAAAAACAGGAACUGAAAGUUCACAGAGCGUUGCACCCUCAGCUCAGGACAGGGUUCGAUGCGGGCAAAGGAACAGAUCCCUGGUUGGCAACAUGGCAAAUGAUAACUGUCAUCCUAGGAGCCUCAUGCAUUAUUUUAGUUACAAAAGUGGGAUUAUUGAUUCCAAGUUUAUAUUCUAGAGGAGAAAAUCAAAGCAGAGAGAUCUCUUUUCUUGAUCCUUUAUGUUGUAACAAUGAUGAUUGUUUCUGUGAUCUUUGUUCACGUGACUGGAUUGCUCUUGGAAACAAUUUCUAUCAAGUUUUUCGUGGGAUGAAAACCUGGGCAGAGAGUCAGUCUGCCUGUGAGGAAUUGAAUUCUCAUCUUGUGAUCAUAGACUCCAAAGAAGAACUGGAAAUUUUGUUAUUGUUUGAAAUACAUGGGUGGAUUCUUCUCAAACUGAAUGGAACCAACAGGUACUGGUUAUGGGGAAAUGACACUAAAACACAGUACAUCUUAAUUUAUGAUUCAGAAAAGAAGAAUAAUAGCUGUCAUUAUCUGCGUGGAAACCAAUUCAUUCCUGAUGACUGCUCAGCUAGGAAACCAUACACCUGUGAAUUUAAUACAAGGUGA